AUGCACAUCGCCACGCUGACCUGCCUUCCCGGCCCUUCCCCCUUCCUCUUUCUAUUGGCCCAGCUACUUCUGCGGCUCCUCCUCCCUGGGCUGGAGUUGGUAGGAGCCGCUUCCUCCUGCCCCUCCCUCUGCACCUGCUCCAACCAGGCCAGCCGAGUCAUCUGCACCAGGCAAAACCUGGAGCAGGUGCCCGAGAGCAUAUCUGUCAACACGCGAUACCUCAAUCUGCAGGAGAACUCAAUACAGAUUAUCAAGUCUGACACCUUCAAGCACUUGAGGCACCUCGAGAUCCUCCAACUCUCCAAGAAUCAGAUCCGUCAGAUUGAAGUCGGAGCAUUCAAUGGCCUCCCCAACCUCAACACGCUGGAGCUCUUCGACAACCGCCUCACACUGGUGCCAUCACAUGCCUUUGAGUACCUCAGCAAGCUGCGGGAGCUGUGGCUGCGCAACAAUCCCAUUGAGACUCUGCCGGGCUAUGCGUUCCACCGCGUGCCCUCGCUUCGUCGCCUGGACCUGGGUGAGCUCAAGAAGUUGGAUUUCAUCUCCGACGCAGCAUUCGUGGGCCUCAUCAAUCUACGGUACCUGAACCUGGGCAUGUGUGGACUGAAGGACAUUCCCAAAUUGACAGCCCUUGUGCGUUUGGAGGAGCUGGAGCUGUCUGGAAACCGACUGGAGAUCAUCCGACCCGGCUCUUUCCAGGGCUUAGAGUCUCUCAGAAAGCUCUGGCUCAUGCACUCACAGGUGUCGGUCAUUGAGCGUAACGCCUUUGAUGACCUGAAAAGCCUGGAGGAGCUAAACCUGUCCCACAACUCCCUGCACUCCUUGCCCCAUGACCUCUUCACGCCCCUUCACCAGCUGGAGAGGGUACACCUGAACCACAACCCCUGGGUCUGCAACUGUGAUGUGCUUUGGCUUAGUUGGUGGUUGAAAGAAACGGUGCCCAGCAACACCACCUGCUGCGCCCGCUGCCAUGCGCCGCCAUUCUUAAAGGGCAAGUACAUUGGAGAGCUUGACCAAAGCCACUUCACCUGCUAUGCGCCUGUCAUUGUUGAACCCCCGACAGACCUCAAUGUCACAGAGGGUAUGGCCGCUGAACUCAAGUGUCGCACAAGCACCUCCACGACAUCUGUCAACUGGAUAACCCCAAAUGGCACUCUAAUGACACACGGCUCUUACAAGGUACGGAUAUCAGUCCUGCAUGAUGGCACGCUCAACUUUACAAAUGUAACCCUGCGAGACACAGGCCAGUACACCUGCAUGGUCACCAAUGCUGCUGGCAACACCACAGCAACUGCUGUCCUCAAUGUCACUGCUGCUGACGCCAGUGUCAACUACACCUACUUUACAACAGUCACUGUGGAAACAGUGGAGACUAUAGGAGAUGAGGAGCCUGCGCUGGUUGCCACCAAUGAAACCAUCAUACGUAUUCACAAUGGCCCCACUCCCUCGGGUCACUUGUGGCCAGAUGGUUUUCCCACCACAGCUUCUUCUCUGUCAGGUGGCUGGUCCUCUUCUACUCCCCGCACCACCCGACCCAGCUUCACUCCGCCCUUCACUGAGCCGGGCUUCUCAGGCCUAGAUGAUGUGAUGAAGACCACCAAGAUCAUCAUUGGCUGCUUUGUAGCCAUUACUUUCAUGGCAGCGGUGAUGCUGGUGGUGUUCUACAAGUUGAGGAAGCAGCACCAGCUGCAUAAACACCAUGGCCCUGCUCGUGCCAUUGAGAUCAUCAAUGUGGAGGAUGAGCUUGGGGCCGGGGCGACUGGCAGAGGCAGCGGCAUCUCAGGAGGCUCCACCGUAUCGCAGAGUGGAAGCAGUGGAAUCGGAGGAGGACAGAGCCUCCGGCUGCACCAUCCGGAGAUGGUCAACCUGCCAAACCUGGCUCGGUCAGAGCACCUCAACCACUACUACAAAACCCAUCACUUCAACAACAACAUGAUGGGCCUGGGCAUGGGCACGGUCUCCGGUAUGGGCCUCAACAACAACAACAACCCCUCAUCCUGCUCUCAGAACACAUCCUUAUCCUGUUCCCAGGUUCCAACUUCCACAUGUGGGGGAAAUAUCACAGGUGGCACCUUACCCUCCUCUGUACCCCAUCCCCAGCUGGGUCUCCACAGUUCUCUGAAAGGCCUCAUGGGGAAAGGCCAGAAUGAGCCACUGCUUUUUAAGAGUGGCUCCAAAGAAAAUGUGCAAGAGACUCAAAUCUGA